AUGUGGUCCUGUGGUGUAAAGUGUUUGAACCAUUCCAUUCCAUUUUGGCUGGGAGAUGGAUGUCUGGAGGAGGGUGGUCUAAAGGCUUCUUCUUCUUACUCGCGUGAUAUUAAUGAGCAUGAUAAUGAUAAAGCCAUAGAGAGUUUGCAGGACAGAGUCUCUUUUCUGAAACGAAAUGAUAAAGCCAUAGAGAGUUUGCAGGACAGAGUCUCUUUUCUGAAACGAUUAACAGGUGAUAUCCAUGAGGAGGUUGAGAGUCAUAACCAGUUACUUGAUCGGGUGGGUAACAAAAUGGAUGGAUCAAGGGGUAUGAUGAUGGGAACCAUGGAUCGAUUUAAGAAGGUUUUUGAGAAGAAAUCAGCGAGGAAAACGUGCUCACUUGUGGCUUAUUUCACAGUUGCCUUCGUAUUCCUUCUUAGUUCAAAGUUCUAA